AUGUUGUGCAGAUAUUUUUCCUUCUUCGGUCUAUGUCUUUUCCUUCCAACCCAAAGGUAAGUCUCUCUGGGUCAUGGAUCCAGCUUGCAUGGCAGGGGCACAACGUCCCUCCCUGGAUUUGAGAACCUCACCAUGGGGUACAACAAAUACCUUCGGCCCUACUUUGGUGGAGAACCUGUACAAAUUGCAAUGAGUCUGGACAUUGCAAGUAUUUCUAGUAUAUCUGAGAGUGACAUGGAUUACACAGCCACCAUCUCCCUACGGCAGCGCUGGACAGACCCUCGGCUGGUCUUCCAUGGCAACAAGAGCUUCACACUGGAUGCUCGCCUGGUGGAGUUGCUCUGGGUGCCAGACACCUACAUUGUGGAGUCAAAAAGGUCCUUCCUGCACGACGUCACCGUGGGCAACCGCCUCGUCAGGCUGUUCUCCAAUGGCACUGUCCUGUACGCCUUAAGAAUCACUACUACUGUUGCCUGUAACAUGGACCUGUCAAAAUACCCUAUGGACACACAAACAUGCCAACUGCAGCUAGAAAGUUGGGGCUAUGAUGAGAACGAUGUCACCUUCACCUGGCUGAAGGGAAACAACUCUGUGCACGGCAUCGAGAAGCUGCGGCUCUCCCAGUACACGGUGGAGCGCUACCACACCCUGGUCUCCAAGUCACAGCAGGAGACAGGCAGUUACCCACGAUUGAUAUUACAGUUUGAGCUGAAAAGAAACAUCCUUUACUUCAUUUUGGAGACCUAUGUGCCUUCCACUCUGCUUGUCAUGUUGUCCUGGGUUUCUUUUUGGAUCACACUGGACUCAGUGCCUGCAAGAACCUGCAUUGGAGUUACAACAGUGCUUUCCAUGACAACUCUGAUGAUCGGCUCACGAAGUUCACUUUCAAAAAUCAACUGUUUCAUUAAGGCCAUUGAUGUUUAUCUUGGCAUCUGCUUCAGCUUCAUCUUUGGCGCCCUUGUGGAAUAUGCAGUGGCUCACUACAGCUCCUCACAGAAGUGUGCAGCUAAAGUACCAGAAGAGGGGCCUGCAAAUGAACUGACUGAAGAAAUAGAAGAAGUUAACAUCACCAACAUCCUCAAAAAUUCCAUCACCAGCUAUGAACAGAAAAUCAGCUUCACAAGCAUUGAGAUUUCCAGCGAUAAUGUUAACUGCAGUGACUUGACCAUGAAAAGUCAUGAGAAAAUCAAAUGUGUCUUAAGGAACAAAAUGCACAGGAUCAUUGGUUAUUUCACAAUUCAGAACCCUGGCAAUGUGGACCACUACUCCAAAUUGCUUUUCCCUUUGUUUUUCAUGGUGGUCAAUGUGUUUUAUUGGGCUUAUUAUCUAUAUUUUUAGUAGAAAUUAGUUGCUUCAUUCUCCUACUUCAGCAGGAGAGGAAUUGUGAUACAUAACCUCAGUGAAUUCAAUGUUGACAAAAAGCUUCCUUGUGUUUCCUGAGGUACCCAGCAGAAGUGUGUGAGGUGUGCAUACAUCAGCAGCACUGACUCUGACAGCAGCUGUUCAACUGAGUGACUGUGCUGGGCUCUUCUGCUCAUAGCUGCAUUUCAUUCCACACCUCACCUGGCUGGAGGUGGGUGUGCAGGACUGCACUGGCAGCUACAGAGCACUACAGGUGGCAGAAUUAUUUUGGUAGCUUGGAGCAAGUUGGAACCUUCAAGCUGAGAUGUCCCAGAGGAUGUAUAAGAUCAUGACUGUUAUUCUUUGUUUGCCAGAGAGAACAGAGGGACUGUGAUUGCUGCUUCAAUAGCUGCUCUGUUGCAGUGAGAGCCCUGAGGCAGCAGUAGGAGCUCAGUGCAGGGCAGUGGGAUGCUCCUGUGCGUGAUGCUGCUUUGUCCUGGAUGGUGCAAUGCCAGGAUGGUGAUUCAGUACUGCACAGUGGUGCCUCAUUGAUUUUAGUCUGUAACUCACUGAGAUAACCCUCACUUGCUGAAGUCCUCCAUCCCCAAGGCAGAUGGAAGGUUGUUGUUUGUAGAGCUGCAUUUUUUCAGAGAUUUGGGAACACGAAAUAGAGGCAGCAAAAUAAUUUUGUAACCCAUCUCUUAUACUCUUCCUGCUGUACUGCAUGUGAACAUAUUCUACCGCUUUCCGUGUCUUCCUCACAAAUUAUUUUUUGUCCUGGAGAAUGUUUCCUUCGGCCUUCACUGCUACAAGCAGCUCUCUCUCCUUGCCAGCCAUAGGCACAAGUGGCCAUUUGUCAUCCCCUCCUUUAGUUGGCUGUGCAGCUGUGGCAAGUCAACAGUGCUGCUGGGUGAAAAACAUGCAUGGGUUGGGGUAGGCUAGUCUAAAUCACCCUUUCACUCUCACACUUUCACUUUUAGGCUGAAACACUGUUACUUUUUUGAGAAAAAUCAUAUUCUAAGUGGGCUCUGGAAAUGCCCGAAGUUAGCUUUGUUUAUCCUGCAAUCAGCAAAAGCCAAAAUUUUCUUUUAAAGAUAAAUGAAAUGUGGCCACACAGUUACAAUUAAGAACCAAAUGCUAUUUGGUACUGUGUAGCUUAAGAAUACUGGAAGUCUUUAUUUGCUGAUUGUAAAAUGAAUGUUUUAUGGGUGCCCCACCCGGCUCCCUUUUUGGUCUGUGCUGCUUUCAUCACUGAGAGAGGGCAAUCCUGCAGUUAUGUGGGCAGAAUCGGAAUUGCCUGCAGUGGCUCCAUCCAGCAGAGCUCUGGCUGGGUGAGGCCUCAGUUUGUAGCUUAUGUUGCAAUCUCAGCAUGCAGUGUUUGCUUAGCUUAAGGAUCUCUUCUUGGGGGUUCCUAGAGAAGGUGAACAGAGCACGUGAAACUAUAGAUUUUUUACUUUAAUAACUUUUUAUUGAACCACUUCACCACACUGUACUUUGAGGGAUCUAACCCACAUAUUCAUAAAUCAUCACUUUUACAAAGAGCAGCACAAGAAGACAGAGGGGAACAGGCUGACAAUGGCAAGUGGAUAAACACAAACUCCAAUAAUGAAGUGUUGGCUUG